CGUCGGUAUUAUGAAUUUUAAGCUCGGGCCCUCCCAGCCAGCCCUCUCUAUUGGCUUUCCAACCUUUGAUUGCCACCACCCGCAUCCUCUCUACCCUCCUCCUCUCUCACUCACUCACUUAAAAAGGCUACUCAGUAGUCCCACACGUACAGCUCUUGUAGCAUCUAUACAAAGACUCAACGACACCCGACGCCACCAGUAGCACCCAUACAAUAUGACUCUCGCCGUCGAUCUUUUGAACCCGCCUGCCGAGACUCAGGCCCGCAGGCACAAGCUCAAGAAGAUUGUCCCUGAGCCAAACUCCUUCUUCAUGGACGUCAAGUGCCCAGGAUGCUUCCAAAUUACCACCGUCUUCUCCCACGCCUCCACUGUCGUUCAAUGUGGUAACUGCGCCACCGUUCUGUGUCAACCAUCUGGAGGAAAGGCCAAGCUGACCGAGGGAUGCUCUUUCCGAAGAAAGAACUAGACACGCUGGGCAUGGCAUGGGGGCUUUUUUCAUUCGUGUUCAUUCGUUUCAGACUUUCUCUGCAUCAUCCAUCGCUACCUUGAUGACACGGCAUCUUACCCCUCCUACACGACAAGACAACAAACCCUCUUUA